AUGUCGCAAACAGAAAUCCAGCGCCCCGACUCCAUUGAGGAAGAGGACCCCAAUAACGAGAGCCCUCCGAAGAAACAAAAGAACAGACGCCCGGCGAAUACCGCGUUUCGCCAACAGAGGUUGAAGGCGUGGCAACCCAUCCUCACCCCCAAAACCGUUCUCCCUAUCUUGUUCGGAAUCGGCAUUAUCUUUGCCCCCAUCGGUGGUCUUCUUCUCUGGGCGAGCGCAAGUGUGCAAGAACUGGUCAUUGACUACACCAACUGCAAUUCCACCGCAACCUCCGAAUUCCAGCCCAUCCCAGACAGCAAGGUCUCCUUGUCAUUCAAAUCCUCCAACACCACCGUACGACCACAGUGGAGAAAGACGUUGAACACAACGACACCACCCUAUAGCGUCGAGAUUAAAGACACUCCAGUCUGCACCCUCCAGUUCCAAAUUCCCAACGAUAUCGGGCCGCCCGUCUACCUCUAUUACCGUUUGACGGACUUUUAUCAAAACCAUCGAAGAUACGUCAAGUCGCUUGAUACUGAUCAACUGAAAGGCGAUGCGUUGAGCAAUAGCACAAUCCAUUCGAGCUCUUGCACCCCUUUGAAACUUGACGGCAAUGGCAAAGCAUACUACCCGUGCGGCUUGAUCGCCAACUCCAUCUUCAACGAUACCCUCAACUCCCCAGUUGCCGUCAACUUGGCAGGCGGUGAACCAAGCAAACAGUACCGCAUGACGAACAAGAGUGUUGCUUGGAGUUCUGAUGCUUCGCUCUACAAGAAAACAAAGUACACCAACGAUCAAGUCUCCCCGCCUCCGAAUUGGCAAAGGCGAUAUCCCAACGGAUACACGGAUGAGAACCCGAUUCCGGACUUGUCCAAAUAUGAAGAAUUCCAGGUGUGGAUGAGAACGGCAGGGUUGCCCACUUUCAGUAAACUUGCCCUACGCAAUGACGACGAUCAUAUGACCGCCGGGAUUUAUCAAAUGGACAUCUAUGACUUUUUCCCUGUCAAGGUCUACGACGGCAAGAAGAGUAUCGUGAUCUCAACACGGACAAUUGUGGGUGGCAAGAACUCCUUCUUGGGGAUCGCUUAUGUCGUGGUCGGUGGACUAUGCAUUGUUCUGGGUGUUGUUUUCACCGUCGCCCAUUUGAUCAAGCCUAGCAGAAAACUUGGCGAUCAUACUUAUUUGUCCUGGAACACCGAUAACCAGUCGACGGCCGUAUCGACUGGGCGGGAGAUAAGAUCUGGAGGAGCUUGA